AUGAAGUUAGAAACCAGCUUUGCAACCACCGGCGUUCUGAACCACUUCACUCAGGUGCCGCCCUGGCAAGUUGCCCUCUCACUGCUGGCCCUCCCUUUCGCCCUGGGACUGGCCUAUAUUCUGAUCGACUACUUCCGAGUCUUGAAGCAAAGACGGAAGCUUCCCCCGGGACCUUUCCCAUGGCCCCUAGUUGGCAACCACUACCAGAUCAAGCUGCCACGGCCAUGGCUCUACAUGGCCGAUCUGAGUGAGCAGUACAAUAGUCCGAUGGUGACCAUCUGGCACGGCCACAGGCCCAAUAUCAUCUGCAACGAUACAUGGUCCAUCUCCGACUUGCUCGACAAAAGGGCAAAUAUUUACUCUUCACGACCGCAUAUGGUCAUGCUUGGGGACUCCCGGAACGCCACGGACUACGACCAAGUAUGUCUCCCGCAUAACGAUCGCUGGAGAUACCAUCGCCGACUGACUCACAACGCCACGGGCUCCCAAGCCGUGCGCAAUUACCGGCCAUUCCAAGAAUCGGAAAUCCGGAUUUUGCUGCGCGACUUGUUGGUGACGCCAGAGAAUUACGUCAAGGCCAUUGAGCGAUACUCAAUCUCGAUUGUGUCCUGCAUCGGCUUCGGACGUCGGGUGGAUAAGAUGAAUGACGGCGUCGCACAGGUCGCAUUGAAAUUCAUGGAGGGGGUGGACUUGGUCAUGCCGGGCAUGUUCAUCAUGGAGACGAUCCCGUUCUUGAUCAAACUCCCGCGAUGGAUCUACCCUGCAGCGUCGAAGGUGCUGGAGAAUGGCAAGAAGUUCCAACGCUUCUUCACAUCCCUGUCCCGAGAAGCUUCCACCGCCAGUUCCGACAACUUCGCUAAGGCCCUCUUCAAGGAGAAGGAAGCGAAUGGUCUCCGUGACGAGGAGAUUUCAUUUUUGACCGGCAACAUGAUCGGUGGCGGCGUAGACACGACGGCAAGCACCACCGUGACCUUUGUCUUGGCUAUGUGUGCUUUUCCCGAAGUCCAGAAGAAAGCGCAAAGGUUCAUCGAUGACGUAGUCGGGGCUGACCGCAUACCGGACUGGACGGACGAGGCGCAACUGCCUUAUAUCCGCGCAUGUGUGGAGGAGGCGCUCCGUUGGCGAACCGUGACAAUCUUGGGGGGAAUUCCUCAUGCGCCCUCGCAGGAUGACGUGUAUGGCGACUACGUGAUACCCAAGGGGACAUGGAUUACCGGCAACCUCUGGGCCAUCCACCGCAACCCCAACGAGUUCCCUGACCCUGAUGUCUACCGACCCGAACGGUUCAUUGAAAGAGAGCGUCCUUAUCCCAACAAGAAAGGCCACAAUGCCUUUGGUUGGGGACGACGACAGUGCAGUGGACAGCCACUCGCCGAACAAGGUCUCUUUCUGACGUUCGCACGACUUCUGUGGGCCUUCGAUAUCCGCCCAGCCCUUGAUAGCAAGGGAAAUGAGGUUCCAGUGGAUAUAUUUGCGUAUGGAGAGUCGGAAAACAUGCGUCCAGAGCCGUUCCGUGCUCGGUUUAUUCCUCGGAGUGAGCGACACCGAGAGAUGAUUCUCAGCGAAGGCGCUGCGGCGAGGGAAUUUCUCAAGCAAUUUGACGGCGAGACAAAGGUCCAAAUGGAGCCAUUAGAGAUUUAA